AUGCUCCGGCGGACGCUGGCCCUGCUGGCCCUCGCCGCCGCGCACUGCGCCGCCGCUCCAGAGUCCCUGGAGAAUGACUCGGAGGCGGCCAAGAGCGGCGGCCCGGGCAAGCCCUGGAAAACAGCCCCCGACGUAGCCGACCUGGACUUGGCCACGGCAGGUGGCGGUGCCGAGUGGACGUCCUGGUUCAACAUCGACCACCCCGGCGGCGGCGGCGACUACGAGAGCCUGGAGGCGAUCCGCUUCUACUACCGCGGGCGGGUGUGCCGGCGGCCCGUGGCCGUGCAGGCGCGCACCACCGAGUGGGAGCUGCCCGAGGAGGUGGGCGAAGUCGUGCACUCCAGCCCCAAAACGGGUUUCCGGUGCGUCAACAAGGAGCAGCCGCCGGGCAAGACCUGCUCCAACUACCACAUCCGCUUCCUGUGCCCGCUGGAGCACGUCUACUGGUCGCACUGGUCCUCCUGGAGCCCCUGCUCGCGGCGCGCCUGCGGCGGCAGCGGCACCCAGAGCCGCCGGCGCCGCUGCGGCAGCGCCCAGCUCUCCGCCGCGCUCAAGGAGCUCAAGUGCAAGGGCAAAGCCGUGGAGCGGCGGCCGUGCAGCGCCGGCCCCUGCCCAGAGGCCGCGUGGGGCCCGUGGGGCGCGUGGGGCCCCUGCUCCCGGCAGCGCCGCCACCGCUGCAAGCAAGCCGAGCAGUGGGGCUGCGCGGGCUGCGCCGCCGAGGUGCAGACGUGCCCCCCCUCGCCCUGCCCAGCCUGCCCGGAGCACACGCUGCGCGGCACCGUGGUCUCGGCCGCCGGAGCGCCGCUGCCCGGGGCCCGGGUCUUCCUGGAGAGCCGCCCGCCGGCGCUGCUGGCCCGCAGCGACGCGCGGGGCCGUUUCCGCGUGGCCGGGCUCUGCCCGGGCGCCGGCGCCAACGUCAGCGCCCACCUGGACAAGUUCGCCCCGGCGCUGGCGCCCGUCGUCUCCAACGGCUCCGGGCUGUCGGUGACGCGCCUGGUGCUGCAGCGGCUGGAGAAGCCCUACAUGGUGACGCAGCCGCAGGCGAAGGUGCGCCUGGCCGGGCAGCGGGCGACCUUCUGCUGCAAAGCCUCCGGCACCCCCGUGCCCACCAAAUACUACUGGUACCACAACGGGACGCUGCUGGACAGGAAGGUCUACAAGCACGGCAGCCGCCUGGCGCUGCGGGGGCUGACGCCGGCGCAGGCCGGCACCUACCACUGCAAGGCCAGCACGGAGGCGGGCGCCAUCCGCUCCGCCCCGGCGCAGCUCACCGUGCUGGCCCCGGGGCAGCAGAGCUGCAAGCCCGAGCCCGAGCCGAACCUCGUCAAGCUGCCCGGCGAGUGCCGCCGGGACGCAGCGGGAUCCCGCUACUACGACGUGGGCCACUGCCCCCCGACGCCGUGCGCCGGCAGCCCGGCCGAGGAGCCGCGGUGCGCGGAGGGCGCGCGGCGCUGCUGCGGGGUCCGGCGCAUGGAGACGCGGGAGGUCCAGUGCUCCGGCUACCUGCUGCCCAUCAAGGUGGUGGCCGAGUGCGGCUGCGGGCCCUGCGCCCAGCCCCGCAUCCUGGUGCAAGGACGCGUGACGGCAGCCGACACCGGGGAGCCCCUGCGCUUCGGCCAGAUCUUCCUGGGCAAGAAGAAGAUCGGCUUCACCGGCUACAAGGGCUCCUUCACCAUCGAGGUGCCGCCGGACACGCAGCGCCUGGUGGCCCGUUUCGUGGACCGGCAGCAGAGGUUUGUGGAUGCCGUCAAGGUCCUGCCCUUCAACAGCCGAGGCGGCACCGUUUACCAGGACAUCAAGAUGAUGCGGAAGAAGGAGCCGGUGGACUUGGACGCCAGCAGGACCAACACCAUCCCGCUGGGGGAGGUGAGCGGCCAGGAGCCCAUUGCAGAGCUCGUCAUUCCUGCCGGCGCCUUCCUCCGCUCCUCCGGGGAGGUCUUCAAGGGCACGGUCAAAGCCAGCGUCACCUUCCUGGACCCAAGGGACAUUUCGACAGCUGGCGCUGCCUCCAGUGACCUCAGUUUUGCCAACGCUGAGGGGGAGAUCAUCCCCCUGCGGACCUACGGCAUGUUUGCGGUGGACUUGCGGGAAGGGGAGUCCAACGAGGUGCUGCAGACAGGCCCGGUGGAGGUGCGGGUGGACGCAGAGCAGAUCAGGAUGCCGGAGCACCUGCAGAAGAUGAAGCUGUGGUCCUUGAACCCAGAGACAGGCUUAUGGGAGGAGGAAGGUGUCUUCCGCCUGGCCAAGGAGAAGAGGGGAAAGAGGGAGGACAGGACAUUCCUCAUCGGGAACAUGGAGAUCCGGGAGAGGCGUCUCUUCAACCUGGACGUGCCGGAGAACCGCCGCUGCUUCGUCAAGGUCAGGGCUUACAGCAACGAGAAGUUCAACCCCUACGAGCAGCUAGAAGGAGUGGUCAUCAACCUCAUCAACCUGGAGCCCCAGCCCGGCUACCCCACCAACCCCCGGGCCUGGGGACGCUUCGACAGCGUCGUCACGGGGCCCAACGGCGCCUGCCUGCCCGCCUUCUGCAACGGCGAGCGCCCCGACGCCUACUCGGCCUAUCUCACCGCCACGCUGGGCGGGGAGGAGCUCGAGGCCGUGCCCUCCAGCCCCCGGCUCAACCCCACCGCCGUGGGGGUGUCCCAGCCCUACUUGAACAAGCUGGGCUACCGCCGGCUGGACCACGACGACCCCAGCUUCAAGAAGACGGCCUUCCAGAUCAACGUGGCCAAGCCCGACCCCAACAACAUCGACGAGACCAACGGGCCCGUCUACCCCUACCGCAGCCUCAAGGAGUGCGAGGAGGCGCCGGCCAGUGCCAACCACUUCCGCUUCUACCGCGUGGAGGUGGACAAGUACGAGUACAACGUGGUGCCUUUCAAGGAGAGCGACCUGACGUCCUGGACAGGAGACUACCUGUCGUGGUGGCCCAACCCGCAGGAGUUCCGGGCAUGCUUCAUCAAGGUGCAGAUCGAGGGGCCGCAGGAGUACAUGGUGCGGUCCCGCAACGUGGGCGGCAGCCACCCGCGCACCCGCGGGCAGCUCUACGGCUUGCGCGACACCCGCAGCGUGCGGGACACGCUGUUGGAGAACAGCUCGGGCGCCUGCGUGGAGUUCAAGUGCAGCGGGAUGCUCUUCGACCAGAGCCUCGUGGACCGCACCUUGGUCUCCGUCGUCCCCCAGGGCAGCUGCCGCCGCACGGCCGUCAACAGCCUCCUGCGCGAGUACCUGGCCCGUCACCCGCCGGUGGCCGAGAACAACAACACGGCUGCCUUCACCAUGCUGGCGCCCGUCGACCCGCUGGGGCACAACUACGGCAUCUACACGGUCACAGACCAGAACCCGCGGCUGGCCAAGGAGAUCGCCAUCGGCCGCUGCUUCGACGGCACCUCGGACGGCUUCUCGCGGGAGAUGAAGUCCGCCGUGGGCACGGCCGUGACCUUCUCGUGCCAGGAGCGGCCGGUGACGCGGGAGAGCUUCUUCCAGCGCCUGCUGACGGAGCCGGCCGAGGCGCUGGCCGAGAUCCGGCGCGAGAUGGGCGCCAGCGAGCAGCGCCGGGCUCCCCCCGAGGUGACGGACUUCUCCUCCGGCUGGCGAGCCCCGGCGCGGCGCGGAGCCGGCGGCCGCCGGAGGAGCCGGGCACCGCUCUGA